UUAAAAGACGCGUUUGAAAAUUAGAAAAGGUGUCACAAAAGAAAAGCUUUUCUCUCUUUUUUUUCUUUUGAAUAACCAACACAUGACAAUCCCCAUUGAGGCAGAAGCUACUUGUGAGAAUCACACAGUGCAUAUUCAUAAGCGCAUAAAAACAGUAGAACAAGACAACGAUGAUGAUGAUGAUGAUAUGUUUGACGAUGAUAUUGAUAUUGAAGAAAUUGAUCUAUCAGCCAUUAUGGCUUCACGAAAGCCACUCAAUAGAAGUCUUAGUGAUAGUUUUGACCGCAUCCCUGUGGAUCCAAAUGACAUUCUGAAUACAACCGAAAACAGUCCAAAACCACCCGCUAAUUCGCAAGAGAAACGCAAAAAGUUCACUCGGUAUUUAGUGAUAAAUAUGACUAGUGGUUCAUAUUCUGUUAAAGACGAGCAUUAUUCAGAAAAGGUCUUGACUUUAAUGCAAGAAGAAAUGAACCAUGCUAUUACAGCAAGGCUUCGACAAGAAUGGGAACAAACGAUUGUUGUCAUUGGAGACGUUGUUCAUAUACCACACACAGACACACUGCAUGAUAUUGUCAUUGACAACCAAAAGAACUUUAUUGUAGUUCACCCAGACAAAUUGAUUUCAUGUACUGCUGUUGCUGAUAGUUUUGCAUGUCUUCGUAAAUCAGUGCUACAGAUGAAGAUCAAAGGUGCAAGUGAAUAUUCAGAAGCACUGAUUUAUGGUAAUAUCAUUCAUGCUGUCCUUCAAGGUGCUUUGCAGACAGGUGAUUUCUCUAUCAAGGCAAUUCAACAGGGCAUUGAAAACACCAUCAUGAACUCAUUAGAAGCCUUGUAUGCUAUUGAUCAAGAUCAGGAAACAGCCUUGAGUACCUUGAGCGGCUAUGCUGAUAGCAUACAUCAAUUUGGAACUUUAUAUGUCAAUGAACAUCCAAAGCCAAAUGCACAAGUUAGUAGAGAUAUGGGCGCUGAUGUUGCAAGAGAAAUGGGAUGCACCUCCGUUGCUAUAUGUAAAGUACUUGAUAUUGAAGAACACUUGUGGAGUCCAACAUACGGUUUAAAGGGAAUGGUUGAUGCUUCUGUUCAACUUAAGCUGAGUCCAUCAAACAAAGUUUUGACAGUACCUUUUGAAUUAAAGACAGGAAAGGCAUCUCGUUUCUUAACCAAUCGUGCUCAAACGCUAUUGUAUACCUUACUGAUGAGUGAUCGUUAUGAUGUUGAAAUUAGAGCUGGUGUGCUUUAUUAUUCCAAAACAAAUAGCUUGUAUCUAGUACCUGCCUUACAGAACGAUUUAAGAUCACUCAUUAUGGCUAGAAACUAUUUAGCCGUGGCAGACCGUAAAGAAUCCAUUCCGCCUAUGAUUAAGAAUAUGCAUACUUGUCAAUACUGCUACUUAAAUCAUGCAUGUACUAUCUACCACAAAUCAAUUGAAAUGGGAACAGGCAACACAAGUGAACUGUAUAAGCUAUUUGACGACAUGACAGACCAUAUGGGUAAUUCUACUACUGAAUUUGUACGACAUUGGUGGAAGUUAUUAGAUCAAGAAGAAGUUGACAUUGAUUAUGUCCGAAAAGAUAUCUGGAGUCAACCUGCUGAAAUUCGUGAAAUGCUCGGCAGAUGUCUAUCCAACAUGAGACUGAAUUUGGCUGCAAGUGACAUUGACCCUCAAUUCUCUCGCUGGAAGUAUUGUUUUACUCGAGAUCAAGCGCUUGUUUGCAAUAUUUCAGUAGGUGAUCCAGUCGUUGUGUCUAGCAUGGAUGGUCAUAUCAAUUUGGCUAUGGGAUUUGUGACAAGAAUCAAUUUGAACGAAAUCCUCUUGAGUCUAAAUGAACCUUUACGCAAUCCUCCACAAACAGGGUUAGACUUUGACCCGGACAAUCAUCAAAACUUCAAUACAUUUAUUGGUGUUCGAGACAAUGUGGCUCGGUUUUAUGCUCGUUCCAGUACACGCUAUCGCAUUGAUAAAGACGAAAUGUCAACAGGCAUGGCUCUACUUAGAAACAACUUGAUCAUGCUUGUCGCUAAAGCAGCUGAAAAUGAAGCUAAAUGUCAACGACUCCGUGAGCUAAUCAUUGAUUUGAAAAAACCAGAAUUCAAGACAGCAGCACCUUCUAUGCCUCCCUUGCCAAACAUGAACCCUGAUCAACGUAACGCUUUAAAACGUGUCUUACAAGCCAAAGAUUACACUUUGAUUUUAGGUAUGCCUGGUACAGGUAAAACGACAACAACAGCUGAAAUCAUCUAUCAACUUGUCAAGCAAAACAAGAGUGUCUUGGUUUCUGCUUAUACACAUACAGCGCUUGAUAACGUCUUGAUCAAAGUGCGUGAACAUGGUGUGGACAUCUUGAGAUUGGGCAGUUUGGAUAAAGUCAUGCCGGCUAUGCGAGAUUGUGUGCCUUCAUCAAACAGUACGGUUACUUCAGUAAGUGCUAUGCAUAAAUAUUAUGAAUCAAAGAAAGUGGUGGGUGUGACAUGUCUUGGUAUUGGCGAGUAAGUUCAGAUACGUUGCACUUGGAGUGAGUUGUUUAUAUUGGUAUAGUGUUAUGCUUCAAAAGCGAAAGUUUGAUUAUUGUAUUAUCGAUGAAGCGUCUCAAAUUACUCUACCUACAUGUAUUGGACCUCUUCGUUAUGCAAACACAUUUGUACUUGUAGGAGACCUGUAUCAACUGCCACCUAUUAUUCGUAACCGAGAAGCUCAUGAAGGAGGGUUAAACAAGUCCUUGUUUGCUACUUUAGCUGAAGCAAGGCCUGAAUCGAUUUGCUAUUU